CUUCAGCUUGCUCACGUUAUGCAGAUCAAGAGGACUAACAGAGUGAAGAGAGCCGCUCGAGCUAAGGGGAGGCGGAAGGGAAAGACGCCUAAGAAUCUACUCUACCAGAACCCCAAGGCCAUCAAGGACGACACCUUCAAAGAGAAGUUUGAUAAGCGUAAAACUUACCUGCAAAAUAUGAACAGUUGCAACUUGAAGGAUAUGUAUUACGACAAACUGCCGGAGGUUAUUCCUCAGAAGGCUGAGUGGACGCUCCCGAAGGUUAACGAGGAGGAGUUGAAUGUGUGUAAGAAAUUGGCUGAAAAGUACGGAAAGGAGGUCCCUACUGCUGCUGAUGAGGAGGAGCAGGAAGAGCUUCAGAAUGAGUUCUUCUCCCGUAUGGCUCGCGAUAAGCUCAACGUAUACCAGUGGACUUGGGGGCAGCUGCGGAAAAAGUUCAACCUGGCCUUGGAGGGUCGAGUUCACGUCUGCCAUACAGACUGCCAGUGUGCUUUGGCCAAGCAGAGUAGUAAUGUGAAGAAAUACCAAGGCGUGCGGGUUAUACAUCGUCGUCUCAAGGUCCACUGAACGUCCUUUGUAUACUGCCAAACGUUGUUUCUCG